UGUUGGGCAUCGAAAUGCUCCAAAUCCUGCCCCCGUCUUCGAAUAAAUUUCGUGGGUAAAAUAUUUAAUUGGAGGACAGACAAUGCCUACCAACCCCCCCGCCUGCCUUCAGCGAAUAGUUUUCAGGGGGCAUCACAAAAGCCUUGUGUGCCCGGGCAUCGGCCACUGACACACAAACACGCACACACGACAGACAGCUGAGGACAGAUGGACGAUCAUGGUCAAAUUAUUUCUGGAAACAAAAAAACCCCAGCUUGAGUGCCCCCUUUCCCCCCUCCAUUCUUAGUUCACAGCCCCCCCCCCCCCCCCUCCCUUUCCCAGUGAUAUUUUCCAGCGUCUCCCCUCAUUCGGCGGCUCCAACACUGCCGCUCUACCGCCAGCCGCCGCGCCCCGUAGACACCCCGCCCCCGCCUCGGUGGUACGCUGGGAGGAAGAUGGAGGGGAGGAGGGAAUAGGAAGGCGGGAUGAGCAAUCGUGAGCAGAAAGUAGGAGCAGGAUCCCGCGGCUCGCGACGAGGAGAUUCUUAGCGGGCGCGCUUGAGAGACGGGCUCCGAGGGCGUAACGUGCCGCCUGUGCGACGGCGUCUCUCGUCGUCGUCGUAAGCCGCGACUCGCCUCCUACGCGUCGUCCCGCUCAACGCCUCUUGCGGAGAUGAGGAGAGGGGCGUGAUGGCCGAACGCCAAACCCCGACUCCUCGGUGCGCCCCGCGUAUCCGCCGCGGAUUUCUUUCAGCGUCUCGUGCCGAUCCGCCGCGGCUCUCGUCGACGUCCUUCCUGCAGCGCCCGCCCGUGGAAUAGACGCUUCUGUCGACACGCGUGUGAGGCUUGAGGAAUGGCAAGGGGAGUUCGUGAUCCGGAUCCCUGGCUGCUCUGAGGUGACCCCGCUGAAUAUUUCGAGACUGCGCUUUAUAGCCGCCGCCGAUCCCGUGUUUGAUCAUGGAUGCGAUGCGGGGCAAUUGCUGUCGUGAAGCGGAUGUUUUUUCGCACAAGAAGAGCCGGGGGGACGAGCGAGGCGUAAGAUGCAGUGUGCUACGUAUAAGGUCAAUGGAAGCCCGACAGGAAUGAAGCAUUGCGCCCAUUCGUGAAGAUUUAUCAGCCCCGGGAGCCGCACGCAUAUGCAGCGUUGGGUUUUCCAGGAACAAAAGAGUUUCGGUGACGGGUGUGCUAAGACGAUUGAAUGUGCAGAUUCUCUGUGACUUCAAUUAAGACCCCAAACAAAGGAAAAGGCAGAUUUGGGGGAUGGAUGAACCCAACAGUUCCUCUGCUGACGUAAGGAGAAACUUCAUCUCCUUCCGUGCAAGUUUUUUGUCUCGGUCGGAUUCUUCCGCACCCCAACACGCUGAUAAACUGUCACUAGUUCACUUCCCUGUCUCCGUUUUCAUACAUCUACCUUGUGCCAACUGAAGCCUGGCCCCAUGAGCGAAGGCGGCGCCCUGCAGCAACGCACCACCUACCUCAUCUCCCUCACCUUGGUCAAGGUAGAGGCAGUGGAGGAGAAUGGAGGGGAGGUCCAGAGCAGCACCCCGGGCAGGGAGGCCACGGCGAGAUCGAGGUCCCGGUCAGAGGAGAGCCGGGCAGAAAAGGCCGGGGUCAAGGUGGAGACUGAAGCACAGAGUGGACCUGGAGAAACCCAGGCCCCACCACCGGGGACCGAUGCUCCUGUUUUCGUGGUCCAAGAUGAAGGGAUGAAACCGCAGAGCACCUUGACAGAUGAACCCGUCUGCGCUGUUGAUGCCCCCAGAACUAGCAGUGAGAAAGGACUGUGCAAACCUUCUAUCCCUUUACAGCCAGAGAGAGCAGACGCAGACUUAACUCCAGCAGAGAAAAUACACCGCACCCCUGAAGCAAAGCAAUCCCGGCCUCCCUUUUACACCAGUACACCCCCGACAGAGGUGGGCGAACCCGCCCGUACCCCGACCAGAACCAGCCUGCCCGUUCGCCCUGUAGGCCAGAGGCCGAUGAGUCUGCUCAAAUCUCACAGCGGCGUGGCCCCUCGCGGCCGCGACUGCAGGGAGGGUCGGGAGCGGAGCCCUACCUCAGCCCAGAGUCUCGAUCGCAAGGACUGCCGAACGACCGCGCGCUCUCCGGGCCCUUGCCGGGCCUCGUGGGCCGAGGCCGGCGGGACCGAAGCGUGGCGGGACCCGCGGGAUGAAGUCCGAGCUGGGACGGAGCUGGAGAUCGGAGGCAGGGUGGCCGCGAUGCUCAGAGACAUGCCUCGCAAGGAUAGACUGAAGUCGGGUUCCACCUCCCUACCCGCGCAGGCUACCCAAGCCGGCAAACCUCCACGCAAGGGCAAGAGUCGCACGCUGGACAACAGCGACCUGAACAGCCUCUCUGAAGACCUGGCGCGGAGCGGCGAGGCCCAGCAGGGCCAGCGCGGCGCCUCCAAAGAUAGGAAGAUGCUGAAAUUCAUCAGCGGCAUUUUCACCAAGAGCAAUUCAAGUGUGGCGGGGUCAUCGACAUCGGCCGCUCCCGUCCUCAUUCAGAGGGAUUCCAGUGAGGAGGAAGUAAACAUCGCCAACAGCCAGGAAUGGAGCCUGAGCAGAUCCAUCCCGGAGCUGAGACUGGGCAUUCUGGGAAGCGUCAAAAGCGGCAAGUCGGCCCUGGUGACCAAAUACAUCACGGGCGCUUACGUUGCGCUUGACAAACCUGAUGGUGGCAGGUAUAAAAAGGAGGUGCUGGUGGACGGACAGAGUUAUUUAUUGCUGAUCCGAGAGGAAGCCGGGCCACCCGAUGCGCAGUUCAGCAGCUGGGCGGAUGCGGUGAUUCUGGUGUUCAGUCUGGAGAACGAAGACAGCUUCCAGGAGCUCUACCGACUGUACGGCCAGCUCGGCUCGCGGCGCGCGGACGUCCCCGUCGUCGUCGUCGGCACGCAAGAUAAAAUCAGCAGCACCAACCCGCGCGUGAUUGAGGACCAAAGGGCUCGCCAGCUGUGCAUCGACGUGCGUCACUCGCUCUUCUACGAGACCUGCGCCACCUACGGAUUCAACGUCGAUCGAGUGUUCUCGGAGGCCGCCCAGAAAAUUGUCGCCCAGAAGAAGCAGGUGGCACUGCAGGCCUGCAAGUCUCUCCCAAACUCUCCGAGUCACUCCGGAGGCUCCACGCCAGGGUCGGCCUCCUUCCCCGGCCAGGUCAGUAACGGCGUGAGCGGCGGCUACGCCUGCUCCCUGCCCUCCACCCCCGUGCUCGCCCACAGGGAGCUGAGGGCGGCCCAGGGGGAGGGCGGCGGCAGCUCCCGUUCCCUGAAGAGCAUCCCCCGAAGACCCUCGCUCUUCAAGAAUCGGGACUCGGAGAAGAGGGUCGCUGACGCCAAAGGAGACGCGAGCGGCGCUCGGGCGGUUCCGAUCAAACAGAGCAUCCUGUGGAAGAGAAGUGGCAGCUCUCUGAACAAGGAGUGGAAGAAGAAAUACGUCACCCUGUCCAGAAAUGGAACACUGUGCUACCACACCAGCCCCAGCGACUACAUGCAGAAUCUGCACGGGAAGGAGAUCGACCUUCUUCGCGUGACAGUGAAGGUUCCUGGCAAACGUCCUCCGAGAGCCGUCGCACCUGCGGGCCCCACGCUUGCGCCGCCCGCCCCCUCGGAAGUCGACGGGCUCAGUAAGGAGCCGGCGGCUGCGGAGAGCACGGUUCCUCAGUUGUGCCCCGCCACCCUCUCUGUGCUCGACGACCGUUCUGCCGGAGGAGAGCGAGGCCUUCAGCGCUGCGCCUCGUCUUUGUCCACCAAAGCGCAGAGUGUCGAUGCCCUCGAAGGGGCGUCCGGACCGUUUUCUGGUAAAGAUGCUGGCCAAUCAUCUCCCAUGAGUGACCGCAAGAAGAAUAGGAGGAAGAAGAGCAUGAAUCAGAAAGGAGACACAGCCGUCGGGCAGGCUGAAGCCAAGCGCAAAAUGUGGAAGCUAAAGAGCUUUGGUAGCUUGAGAAACAUUAACAAGACAGAUGAAGAAAACGCCGACUUUAUCAUCGUGUCGUUUACCGGACAGACGUGGCACUUUGAGGCUCCCGGUCUGGAGGAGAGAGACUCGUGGGUGUCAGCCAUCGAGAGUCAGAUCUUGGCCAGCCUGCAGUCGUGUGAGAGCGGCAGAAACAAGGCGCGGCGCAGCAGCCAGAGCGAGGCGGUGGCGCUGCAGGCCAUUCGUAACACCAAAGGCAACAAUCUGUGUGUGGACUGUGAAGCACCAAACCCCACUUGGGCCAGUCUCAACCUGGGUGCGCUGAUCUGCAUCGAGUGUUCGGGAAUCCAUCGGAACCUGGGCACUCACCUGUCUCGGGUGCGCUCGCUGGACCUGGACGACUGGCCCGGCGAGCUGACGCAAGUGCUGUCCGCCAUCGGGAACCACACGGCCAACAGCGUCUGGGAGGGCCGCACUCUGGGCAGGGCCAAGCCCACGCCCGCGGCUUCACGCGAAGAGAGAGAGUCGUGGAUUCGGGCGAAGUACGAACAACGGGCGUUCGUGCCGCCCCUCCAGCCGCGUGCGGACGACAGCCUGCCGGCGCGGAUGCUGUCGGCGGUGACCGAGCGAGACCUGGUGCGGCUCCUGCUCCUGCUCGCCCACAGCAGCAAGGAGCUCAUCAACGCGCCGCUGCUCGCCGCCGGCGCGGCCCCGCACGCCGGCACGGCCCUGCACGCCGCCUGCCUGCUGGGCGACGUGGUAAUGACCCAACUCCUCAUCUGGUACGGAAUCGACGUGAAAGCGAGGGACCGCCAGGGCCAGACGGCCAUGAUGAUGGCGAGAAAAGGCGGGAACAAAGGCUGCGUUGCUAUUUUGCUCCAACACGGCUGCUCCAAUGAGACGUCACCCGCCGUCGCCACACCCGUCCUCUCCCGCCGCUCCAGCACCGCCAGCCUGGGCCGCAGCAGCUCCAGGAAGCACGCCCCGUAGCCCGGCCGCGCGAGCUGCUGUGAAACUUUCAGCACACUCGAGCGGCUCGUAAGAGAGAACAUCGCUAUCGCAUUAAGCAGAGGUGGGGACUGCGGUCACAUGACUUGACUCGAGUCAGACUUAAGUCGCUCAUUUUAGGACGUCAUACUUUCUUGGCUGGCGUCCCUGAGACUCGUCCCGUCUUACGCCUGGUACGUAGGCACAGUAAAGACCGUCGGGCUGGUUUGGUCCCGAUUUUGCCCCUUCCUCUCCUCUACGAUGAUUCUAUAAGAGGAUCCUGUGGUCUGAGGUAAGGUUAAGUGUGAUUUUGUUCCACUAAGACAACGAUCUUAAAUAUUGAACAUGCUCAAUAUUUCCAGCCAAAACGUUUCGGGUGUGGGUAAAGACGAAAAUUGUGACUUGAAACCGAAUGUAGCCAAUCGAUAAGUGACCUGACUGACGAACAAGUAAGCGGCCGUAAAUCAAAACAAACCCUUUUCAACACCGCUUAUCCUGGUUAGGGUCGCGGGGGGCCGGAGCCUAUCCCAGCGGACUUUGGGCGAAAGGCGGACUACGCCCUGAACUGGUCGCCAGUCAGUCGCGGGGCACAUAUAGACACGGACAACCAUUCGCACUCACAUUCACACCGUCACGGAGUGGGAAGUGAACCCACGCCGCCCGCACCAAAGUCAGGCGCGUGUACCACGACAUCAGGGGUGUCAAACUCAUUUUUGUCUUGGGCCGCAUUGUAGUUAUGAUUUCCCUCAGAAGGCCAUUAGCACAGCGAAACCAUAUAAAUGUUUAAUCACCAAUCACCAUAUUAUGACCAUUACACAACAAAUUGAGGGAUAACGAGUUUUGAAAUCAGAAGACAAGGAUAAUAGUUUGUUCAACUUACUGUAGAAGGAGGGUUUGGUAACAGAAAAAUGCAAUAUAUCAACAUUAUUGUUUAUUAUUAUGACCAUUUGGAAUUUGGGUAAAGACACAACCAUCACCAUCAGUGACGAACAUGUCCUACCUAGACUUUACACCGAUUUCAUCGGGCUGUUCGCUAUCGGCCGAUAUUUAGCAUUUUAUGCCGAUCGGCUUUAAUGUCAUCAUUCGCCGAUCCGAUCAAUGAUGCCAUCGAUCGGCUCCGCAAAAGACGUUUACUCCGCGUCGCCAUCGUGCACACUAUAGUUGAAUCCUAAAGUUACUUUAUUUUUUGCCUUGUCACGCGUCUUUUGACGUAGUAUUGGGAAUAUUUGACGGCCAAUAAAGUAAUUUAAAAAAAAAAAAAAAAACAUGUCGGCGGUGUGGGACAGACAACACGUAAUGCCCGGAUCAGACUACAAGACAAAUUUGCUCUUUCAGGAUUGGACUAUGUCAAGACUACUGCAAUAAAAUCUUGUAUUCCGAUACCACCGCAUCGCGUUUUUUUACGAUCAUUGGGCUUGAUCUUGUCAAGUCAAAUGCGACCGGAUACACUUGUUACUGUGGCGACGACAACGCGAGUGGAGCGCGCCAACUUUGUAUUUUAAGGACAAAACGGGGGAAAACGUGUGCUGGUGGUCACCGGUGCUCAGGACAGGAGAGGACGUUCGUUUAAGGCUCGCUUGAGGUACGUUCCCGUACUUUGAAUACGAUACGGCUCGCGAGCAGGCACAAAACGUUACGUAGCCUAGCAAGCUAGCGGUACCACGAACGGUUGGACGUCAACAUGCCGCCGUUCUGUCGAAUCCUCCUCUAAAGUUUCGGUGUGGGUGAAGUCAUUUCAUUAAAAAUAAAGUCAUUUAAUUACAGUAA